CACCAACUUGGUCAAACCCAUUAAAAAGGUUGAAAAGUGUGUUAAGCGGGGAUUGUUGUAACAAAAAUACUAAAAUGGUGGAUUACGGGAAACAGUUUAUGUUGUAUCUGAUGGAUGAGAAGUGCUACGAUAAAUACUUCAUCGACUUUGACCUCCUCGAUGGUGACUGCUUUCGUGCCCUGCUCAGCAAAGGGCUCGGACUAGGAAUUAUCGCCGGGUCGGUGCUCGUGAAGGUGCCUCAGAUAACCAAAAUCCUCGCGAACAAAUCAGCUCGCGGCAUCAGCCUGUUCAGCGUCUGCCUGGAUCUGUUUGCCAUCACGAUUCAUAUGGCGUACAGCUUCGUUAACGGAUUUCCAUUCAGUGCCUGGGGAGAUACGGCAUUCCUUGCCCUGCAGACGGCUAUCAUUGCUAUGCUGGUGCUAUUUUACGGUGGAUCGUCGGCACGAUCGGUUGUCUUUGCCAUCGGGUACUCGGGGCUAGUUUACGUGCUGCUUGGUGGCUUGACACCGCUUAAUUACCUACUGAUUGCGCAAGGAUUCAACGUACCCAUCUUGCUGCUCGGAAAGCUAUCGCAAGCUUUUGCCAACUAUCGCAACGGAAGCACUGGACAGUUGUCUGCGGUGACGUGCUUCAUGCUGCUCGCUGGAUCAUUGGCACGCAUUUUCACCUCGAUUCAGGAGACCGGCGAUCAAAUGAUGAUCAUUACGUAUGGCUCGUCGUCUUUCGCCAAUUUGGUGAUUGCGCUGCAAGUGUUGUACUACUGGAAUUCGGACAAGCAGAAGAAAUCGUCCUCGUCGAAGGAAGCCGCAAAGAAGCCGAAGGCCAAAAGCAAGAAGACCGACUAAGGUCUCCGAACAUGGAUGGAACAAUACUCCUGUAUGGCAUGCACGUUUGUCAAUUUCUAUAUUCUAAUGCAUUAGCGAAUUGUUGUCGUUUCGUGGGGCGGACCUUUAAAGUGACUAGCGCGUAUGUUUCAAGUUAAAAGAAGGGAAAACCAAACAUUCACUCUGAAAGACUUUUUAAAUGACAAAAAUCUCCGAUGGAGAUCACUUGUACUAGUGAAGAAAAUAGACGAUACGUAGUAAAAUAAAUAAUCAAUGAUGCGUUAGAACA